UGGAACAUUUACCAAAUCUUAAAGAUGUCUAAUAAAGAUUAUUACGAGCGUUGGUUAAAAAUCAAAGAGCAACUCCGGCAAGCUCUUGCCGAAGAUGAGCGCAUUCAAGAGCUGGCCAUUCAACAAGUCGGCAUCAAACCACAGUCAACUGCUGUUGAAAUAGUUGCAAGGGUCUACUGUAAGUACUGUGAACUCUACAACAAAUUAUGCGACUGUUACGACCAAAUGGAGCAAGUACAAAGACGCACUUACAUUAAAAAAAUAAUCGACUCGAUCACAUGUAGGCUACUCGAACUCAAGUCUACAUUAGAAGAGGUAGAAGCGUUUGAAUUCACUUACCCAGAUAAUGCUUUACAACAACUGAUCAUGGUGCCACAAGAUGUCCAAGUAAUGUGUCCAUACUUUUAUCCAUUUGAGAUAAGGCAACAAGAAAUGCAGUACAUUAUUGACCAAGUAUUGAUAGCUGGAAACCGUCUUGGUGACCCCUCUCCAACAGCAUCUGAAAUAGAACGUAAAGAAGAGGAACGACUCGCGGAAGAAGAAAGGAUUAGAGAAGAAAAAGAAGCAGAAAUAAAAAGAAAAUUAGCAAUGGGUGAAGAUAUUGUCGAAUCAGUAGAAGAAGAAGUCCUGUCGCCUGAAGAACAAGAGGAAUUAAGAUUAAGAUUAGAAUAUGAGGGACACGUCAAUAACAUACAACGAAUGGAAAGAUCAAGAUUCGCUACAAGAGAAAGAAUUCGUAAGAUUAACAAAGAUGCCAACUUAUAUCUGGAAUUAUCUGGAUUAAAAAAACCUCCUGCAAAAGAAUCUCUUAGGAUUAGAGCAGCAAAAUUUAUUCAAAUGGCUUACAGAACAUUUAUGCAAUUGAAACGAGACCAUGUUCGAGAAUAUAAAUUAAAGCUAAAAUUAGGUAUGAUAAUUCCUGCCAGCGCACCCGUAUCUGCAAAAGUAAAACUUGAAGAAGUGAAAGCACAGCGGCGUAAAUUUAGGCAUAAGUAUUACGAAAAAUUUGUAGAGGAAAAUUUGAAAGAAAACGCUCGCGUUUUACGACUGCGAGAAGGGGAUAUUAUGGAGGAUAUAUCCGCUGAAAUUAGACAAUGGCUACGAGAGUGGUAUAAUUCUGUACGCCUUUUUGAUGAAUAUCCCUGGCCAGACGAAGGAGGUUCAAUCCUUAUUGUAAAGGGUGAAACAUUUACAAUAGAAGAAUUUAUUGAAUGGAAAACAGCUGAAGAAAAAAGAUUGAAAGCCGAAGCAGGUGCACCGAAAAGUAAAGAACAAAUAAAAGCAGAAAAGCUUGCCGCUAAGGAAGAAAAAAAGCGGUUGGAAUUUGAGGCUAAGGAAAGGGAGAAAAAGCGACUUUUAGACUACAAAAAAUCUCGUCUUAAUCCAGACAAUGAUCCUGGUGUGUACAUUUCUAUUGGCAAAAUGAUAGAACCUUUUAGAGAGGCAUGGGAAUUGUACGAAAAUCAAUGGAAAUCAUUCGAUACCGCUGAUGCACCUUUGGAUGUUAUGAAAGGCUAUAUCAAGCAACUGAUUACUGAAACUGCAUAUCAGGAUGUCCAACUGAAGUUGCGACCUAUCGUGGAUGACAUGAUGAGGUUAGAAUUAAACUUACUGAAGAAUUCCUUGAAAACGGAUUACAACCAAGCAGGAAUUGCUAAGCCACCACAAAGUAUGAAGCGAAAGAAACCCAAAAAAGUGAAACCUCCUAAGCCAGAUAAGGUGAGUCCCGAAGCAAUGUUCCAAGCUCUGGUGGAUGAGGGUAUAGUGCGAAAAUAUCCAAAGACGUCACUCGACGAUUAUUGGGGAGAUUUGAAUUACGCUGCAGCUGAUAUGAGAGCUAUAUUAUGGACUCCAGCGUUCCCUCUCGCCUCCAUGGGUGACGUUAGAGAGCAAGUGAGAACGCGAUGCUUAUUAACUUUAGGAUGUGAGUGCCCCAACGCUGUACGUGCGCAAAUGAUUGUAGGGCCAAAAGCAGCUGGCAAAAGAACAUUGAUUUAUGCUAUUGCAUCUGAGACUAAUUCAAUUUUAAUCGAUCUCUCGCCAAUGAAUGUUUAUAACAAGUUCCCGGGCCCCAAAAACAUGAAAACGAUGUUCCAAUACGUAAAUAGGAUCAGUCGACUUAUGCAACCUACUGUCAUUAUGGUUGACGGGGCGGACAAAAUGUUUUACAAAAAAGUGCCGAAAGAGGAAAAGAUGUUUGACCCGACUCGUCUUUCAAGAGACUUCUUCAAAGAGGUCAUAAAACCCUUGCAGCCUGUUGAUAAAAUAUUAGUUCUGGGGACGGCUACAGAGCCGUGGAUGGCUAAAAAUGCCCAAUUGUACAAAAUAUUUCCUUCGACGAUUAUGAUACCGAUGACUGACUAUGGAAGCAUAUCGUAUAUUCUAACAAAGGUACUUAUGAAGUUCCAUGGGGUAAAACGUGACUUUAACGUGCAUAGUGCUGCGCAGGUAUUAAGGGGGUAUGAUAUAAACUCAAUACUUAAAGCAAUAGAGACUUUGAUGAAUGGUAGACGCGUGGCGGAGUUGUACCACAAGCCUUUGGACCCAUUUGAGAUCGUGUGUUCAGUGCUUGAGCGUGAAAGCUCCAGCUAUACUGGCCUCGAGGACAUCGAGAUGUUUCAGAUGUGGUACGAGUCUUACUCUCCCUGGGGCCAGAAGUAUAUUGACUAUAUGCUUAUGUUGGACUCGCAACUCAGAUACAAAUUGAAGGCGGAUCAGAAGAAGAAAGGUAAAUGAGCAAUUUGUAACUUCUCAAGCAAGUAGGUUUGCCAUUGUUCUUUCUUAAUUUCUGUGUUAUCAGCUUUGCCAAA